AUGUCACUUUGGGUGAAUCCUUUACGGUUGAACGACCCUUCUCACAUGGCUCGGGAUGUCAUCACACGCCAAACGGUAUCUUCAGAUGACGACAAGACGCCGUAUGGCAAAAGAGGCCAGCCUCGAUCAAGCACUGGAAUGCUGCCCACCACCACGACCUCACGACCAUUGUGGGAUGAAUUCGCCUGCUGA